AUGGAUGAAUCACAUUUGGAUGAAUGCAUGAUUUGUUUAGAACACAUGCAACCAACACACCAUGUCGGAAAAACACCUUGUUGUCGCAAUAAACUAUAUCAUCAGGACUGUAUUGAAAUUUGGGCAUCUAAAUCAAAUAGUUGUCCGACGUGUAGAAGCAGAUUUCAUCAAAUUCAUAUCCUGUUAAAAGCUGAAUCAAGCACGACAUUAAGAACGAUUCAGAUUCAAGAUAAGUUAUUACCAAAUCCAGCGAUAAAUCAAAUUCCAUCACAAUUUAUUGUUAACCCGAUUGACCAUGGCAAUGAUGCAGAAGAUGUUGGCUCUUGUACUUCAGAUUCUGGAUUUUGCUGCCUUUGUGCCAUAACCAGACGCAAUUCACCACUAUUACCGUGUCAACAAUGUGCAUCGAGCUUCCAUGUGAACUGUCUUGGAAUUAGUGAUGCGGCUACUGACGACUAUUUCAACUGGUAUUGUCCCAUGUGUGACUACAAUCAAGAAACAAUUAUACCAAUGCGACCAAUACGCCGAGCUCUAUUUACAGGAGUAACAAGAAGGCAAAUGCCAUCCUCAAGGCGAUUAGUAAUACGAAAUGAAAAUGACGAAAUUGAUGAUAGUUUUUUGUACAAUGAUGAACCAAUGCCUGUGUUUAGUAACUUGCAACCACGUCAUGAUGACAUACCGAGAGCCAAUAACGUUAUAAAUGGGGGUGUGAUACUACGAAGGGAACAGAAAUUGAAACUGCGAUUGAGCGAAGAAGAAGUGAGUUCGUGGGAUAUGUUUGAACAAGCUCGCAAUCAGCCAGGAGAUGAUAUAGGUAUGGAUGUUACAUCAUCAAGUGCAACAAAAGAUGACACCACGCGUAGGCGAAGGAAGAAAAGAACUGCUAAUUCAGUGCAGCCUUCCCAACAACUUUCAAUGCCUCAUCAACAAACAAUGACUCCUCUCCCGGGAAGUUCAACUUUACAAGGAAGUCGAAUAUCAAACUUAAUUGGUCAAUUAAAACAUGCAAAAAAGCAGUACAACACCGUAACCUUAUCGUCAUCGUCAACCACGGGAGUGCCCCUUGCGCUCGCCCCAUCAACCAUACUUCCUUCGUCAUCAGCAUCAGAUUCGGCUGCAUCAAUAGGCAAUAGUCCAAUGGAAACAACCUCGUACUCAAGUGAUGAUAACGAAUACACUCAACGACGAGAAUUAACCUUGGAAGAGAAGCAUAUUAUACAAAAGAUUGUUCGGAGUAGAUUAAAACCCAGAUAUAAACCAGGAUCUAAUGAAGAAGGCUAUAUUUCGAACGAAGAGGAAUUUGUUACCAUUAAUAAGGGUAUAUCUCGAAAUAUCUAUGCGCAUAUUGUCAACUCCGUUGAUGAAGUGGACGAGUUCUUCAAAAACGAAGCUAAGUUGAAACAAGUGGUCAAUAAGUAUAUACAGUGA